AUGGGGACAGAAAACCCUGCUCGUCCAACCUUCCCUUCAAGACCACCCUUUGCUGCUGCACAGGGUAUGACACAAUUUUCGUCAACAGGUGCUAUGGUUGGAUCAGAGCCUCCUUCUUUUGUACCUACUACUCCGGCUCCUCCCUUGGCAUCCACGCCAUUUUCAUCAUAUGGACCUUCGGUUCAACACGGUGUGCCUAGUUAUAGACCUGCGCCACUGGGCCAGUUUAAUGACCCCUCAGUGCCUCCUCCUCCUUCCAAUUUCCCACCUGCUGGUGGACCUCUCCAGCGUUUCCCAAUGCCACAGUUCUCCUCAAAUGGUCAAGCACCUUCCCUGCAUGCUCCACCCAUGGGACAACCAACAAUUCAACCUUCUGCGGGUCAAACACAGUCUUUUCCGGCUUCUCUUCAGCCUCAGCCGCAAAUGCCUUUUGUUUCAAUGGGGUCUCCCUCUCCUGCAUUUCCAGGAUCGAAUGUUCCUCGUCCUGUCUUUCAUCCAUCUUUUCCUGGAUAUCCGCAGAAACAGGCUGGUGCAGAAAUGCAAGCUCCCUCUAUGCAUUCCUCUCACCCUUCAAAUCAAGGAAACUAUGGGCCUGUACCACCUUCGCCUUUUCAACCUCACCAAGGUUAUGUUUCGCAGCCCCCAAUGGCUGCUCCGUUAGGCGUCCAGCCCAUGCAAUACCCAGGAGCUGGGCCGCCUAUAGGUUCCAUUAAUGGCUUGCCAGAAGACUUCAAUUCGCUAUCAAUUCAAACUCGUCCUGGACUCAUGGAGUCGUACGUUGAUGCUAAAGAAUUGCCAAGGCCAUUGGACGGUGAUGAGGAGCCAAAGUCUUUAGAUAUGUAUCCCAUGAACUGCAAUCCUAGAUAUCUACGACUCACAACCAGUGGAAUGCCUAACACCCAGUCCUUAUGUUCAAGGUGGCAUCUUCCACUUGGAGCAGUUGUAUGUCCGCUUGCAGAGUCUCCUGAUGCGGAAGAGGUACCAAUAGUUAAUUUUGCUGCAACUGGUAUCGUACGCUGUAGGAAAUGCCGCACAUAUGUAAAUCCAUAUGUGAAAUUUACUGAAGGCGGAAGAAAGUUCCGGUGCAACACCUGCUCCUUGCUUAAUGACGUUCCAAGUGAAUAUCAUGCACAAUUAGAUGCCAGUGGCAGAAGAGUUGAUUUGAAUCAAAGACCUGAGCUUACAAAGGGUACUGUAGAAUUUGUUGCCCCAGCAGAGUAUAUGGUGCGGCCUCCUAUGCCUCCAGUAUAUUUCUUCCUCAUUGAUGUUUCCAUAUCUGCAGUUAGAAGUGGAAUGAUUGAGGUUGUGGCCCAAACAAUAAGGUCAUGCUUAGAUGAGCUGCCUGGCUUUCCCCGAACACAAAUAGGGUUUGCGACUUUUGACAGCACAAUACAUUUUUAUAACAUGAAGUCAUCCUUGACUCAACCACAGAUGUUGGUGGUCUCAGAUUUGGAUGACAUAUUUGUUCCCCUGCCAGAUGAUCUCCUUGUCAACUUAUCAGAAUCAAGAAGUGUGGUGGAAACAUUUCUUGAUAGUCUACCAUCCAUGUUCCAGGACAACCUGAAUCUGGAAUCUGCUUUUGGUCCUGCUUUGAAGGUUGCCUUUAUGAUCAUGAGUCAACUUGGAGGAAAAUUGUUAAUUUUUCAAAACAGUCUCCCUUCUCUUGGUGUUGGUCACCUGAAACUUCGUGGAGAUGAUUCUAAAGUUUAUGGCACAGAUAAAGAACAUAUGUUAAGAUUGCCAGAAGAUCCCUUUUACAAGCAAAUGGCUGCUGAGUUUUCUAAAUACCAGAUCUCAGUGAAUGUGUAUGCAUUCAGUGAUAAGUACAUUGACAUAGCAUCCCUUGGAACCUUGGCAAAGUAUACUGCUGGUCAAGUGUAUUACUAUCCAGCUUUCCAAUCAGUCAUUCACGGGGAGAAACUAAGGAAUGAGCUAAGGAGAGACCUUACCAGAGAAACUGGCUGGGAAGCUGUACUGCGAAUUAGAUGUGCAAAGGGUGUCCGUUUCACAACUUAUCAUGGAAACUUUAUGCUAAGGUCCACAGAUUUAUUAGCACUUCCAGCUGUGGAUUGUGAUAAAGCCUUUGCCAUGCAGUUAUCUCUCGAAGAUACAUCAUUGAAAACUCAGACAAUGUAUUUCCAAAUAUCUGUUACUGUUAUGCUUGUUAUUCAGUUAAGGUAUACUGCAUCCUGCGGUGAAAGGCGUAUCAGAGUACAUACAGCAGGAGCUCCAGUAGUUACAGACUUGGUAGAUAUGUAUCGCUUGGCUGAUACUGGUGCAAUUUUAUCUCUGUUUAGUAGGCUAGCAAUUGAGAAAACGUUGUCCCAUAAACUGGAAGAAACCCGGAGUGCUGUACAACUAAGAAUUGUGAAAGCCCUCCGAGAAUAUCGAAAUAUCCAUGGUGUGCAACAUCGCUCGGUGAAUAGGAUGAUAUAUCCUGAGUCAUUAAAGUUCCUACCCUUGUAUGGCUUAGCACUUUGUAGAUCAGCACCUCUCCGUGGUGGGUAUGGGGAUGUUCCACUAGAUGAACGGUGUGCAGCAGGACACACAAUGAUGACCCUACCUAUAAAGAGGAUGUUGAAACUUCUCUAUCCUAGUUUGCAUCGACUUGAUGAAUAUCUUCUAAAGGCUGAUGACUUGAAAAUCUUUGAUAGAAGGUUACCUUUGGCUGGGGAGAGCUUGGAUUCUAGGGGCCUUUAUAUAUAUGACGAUGGCUUCCAGUUCAUUAUAUGGUUUGGUAGAGUGAUUUCACCUGACAUAGCUAAGAAUUUACUUGGAUCUAACUUUGCAGCAGAGUUAUCAAAGGUUACUCUAAAUGAGAAUGAGAAUGAGAAUGAUAAUGAAAUGUCUAAGAGGCUGAUAAAGGUACUUGAGAAGUUCAGAAGUACUGACCGUGCAUAUUACCAGUUGUGCCACCUUGUGAGGCAAGGUGAACACCCCAGAGAAGGAUUCAUUUUUCUUUCAAACCUGUUUGAGGACCAGAUGGGUGCUAAUAAGGGAUAUGCUGAUUGGAUAAUACAGAUUUCCCGACAAGUGCAGCAAUGA